AAUUUUUUCUUUCCAUCAUAAAUUUUAUGUGUGUGCAUUUUCUUAUACGGGUGUUGAAAAUACACGAACAAAUUAAUAAAAUCUCGAUAAAAACGUAUAAUUAAUUAACUGCCAAUAAAAUUGGCAAAUAAUUUAACAGUUUUAUGAAAUUGUUAAUGAAUUGCUAAACAAACAAAUUGUAAAUUUGGAAAAAUCAACUAGAGAACUUUUGUGUAUGGAGGCAUAAAGUGAAUUAAGAAAAAAACGAAUUUUUUGCGAAUGGCGUAAAUGAGAAAAAAUAAAAAGUGGACAACAAAAAAAGCAAGAGCAAAAAGUUAAUAUAAACAUAAUAUAUUUUGUGAUUUGUGAACGGAAAAAGUAUUUGAUAAUUUAUAAAAUAAAUAAAUUAAUUGAAGAAAGAAGUUAAUUUACAAAAUAAAAAAAAAAUGGGCGAACACACAAAUAGUGCCUCAACCAAAGCUAAAAAUGCAGCCGCGUCAUCAAUGGCAGCAGCUGCUGGAUCAACAGUGGCAGCGGCUAUAGCCGCUACAGGGCAAUUGCAGCAUCUGCAGCAGCAACAACAACAGGCUAGUACAAGUGGGAGUGCUGGUUUAACUCCGUCAACAUUAGCAACGGCCAAGGAUGCGCGCGAAUUGCAAGAAAUACGCAAUUUAUUGUGGGGACCAGCCAUACGUUUGGAUGUUUUUCGUCGUUGGUCUCAAGGUUUUGAAUUUAGCGAGGAAGAACCUUCUGCUUUGGUACAAAAACAAGGUGGACCCUGUGCUGUGAUUGCGCCUGUACAGGCGUACAUUCUAAAGAUUUUAAUUAUGGAUACACCUGGACACUGUCUCAAAGAUUUAACUCCCGACAAGUGUAAAAGCUUGCUUAUUCAAGCUCUCUGUACCAUAUUGAGUAAAUGUAAAGCGUCACGUCUUCGCAUAGUCACACUACCUGUCGAACAAUGUUCGGAAGCCAAAGAAACAUCAACAUCAGCCACUGAUGCGGCUAAUGAUGAGGCAAAUUUGAAUACAACAGGCGCCGGCUUUAUGGAUGACGAGUCAACUGCAGAUGCGGCAGCAACCGCUUCUACAGCUGCUACUAGUGCUGGCACAGUACCUUUUAAUGCGGCCGAAGAGGUAUCCCCAGAUGAAUAUCACAAACGUUUGCAAGUUGUGCAUUUCAAUACAAUAGAGGAGGUGGAAAAAUAUUAUACGCUUAAUUUUGAAGUGCUAUCGGCUAAAUAUGGUGUGCUGUUGUUUAUGUAUACGGUGUUAUUAACCAAGGGCAUAGAAAAUGUCAAUUCAGAAUUGUCGGACAACUCAGAACCGCUAAUACACAAUACAUAUGGUUACGGUUCACAGGCCUUGAUUAAUCUGAUGUUAACCGGUCAAGCUGUGGCCCAUGUCUGGGACAAUGAUCAAGAUGUGGGUGGUUUAAAGUUGAGAGGUAUUAAUGAACAAAGUGAUAUUGGUUUCAUAACAUUAAUGGAGCAAAUGCGUUACUGCACGGUGGGUUCGUUUUUUAAGAAUCCCCGAAAUCCGGUUUGGGUAAUGGGUUCAGAAACCCAUUUAACUGUUUUAUUUAGCAAUGAAAAGAGGCUUGUAUCACCCGAAACUCCUUCGGAAAUUGCCCGCCGAGUUUUCAAGUCUUAUGAUCCGGAUGGCAACAAUUUUAUACCCACUCCAGUGCUGCAAGAUGUGUUAGCCGCUUUGGAUUUAGUUAGUGAAGCGGAAUAUGUUGAUAUUAUGCAAAGACGUUUGGAUCCCGAGGGUCUAGGCAUCAUAUUAUUAAAUGCAUUUAUGGAUGAAUUUUUCCCUUUGGAAAAACGUUCAACACCCGACACCUUCGAUUUAAUGCAUUAUAAUGGUAUACCUGGUUCUAAUGAGGGUAAUAAGGUCCACUAUUGCAAAGGUUCUGCCAUAUUAUUAGAAAGUGAUUUAAAAUCGAUUUGUGUUUCAAAUCCCAUGAUGACAUGUUUACAAACAAAAUGGCCAAAUAUUGAAAUAAAUUGGCAUGAUAUGCGAAUACCUUCAUUGAAUUGACCACAUUUACAGUAUACUUUAAUUUAAACAAACAAAGAAAAUAAUAAAAAAUAACAUAAAAUGAACAAAAUAAAAAAA